GAAGAAUCAACUGACUUCUGCUGGGCCUUGCGACUCCAACAGUUCAUUUAUUGUGUAAAGGAAACUACAAGUGAAGAAGUUCAAUGUUUGCUUCAGCUGAAGAGAAUAUUUCUCAAGUCCUAGUGGGAAAAGGUGAAAAAGAGAAGCAGAGGAUGUUGCUAGUGAAGCCAUGACCAGCAGUGUGAUUGUCAACAGGAAGCAAAGCGUUGCAGUUGAUGUGACGCUGCAGUACAGCACUCUCGUUGUGUUGCGUUCCCUGCUGGACUCUGUGGCCUGGGGAGCAGUGUCUGCCCACGAGAGAGACUCUCCUGUCCGUUUGCCUUCUGGAGUUUGAAUUGUUCUGCCUCUGGUUAAUCCACUUUGCUGGAGCUGGCAAGCCCUGGGCUCUCUCUCUUGACCCCUGGUACCGUGAAGCGGUGGGACAGCCAUGGAGAGGGCAGGGUGGGUGUGAGCAGCCUGCAGGGCUGGCAGGGAGGGCUCCGCAGACCCCCGGCAGCUUCGCGGUGUCUCGGCUGCUCAGAGCUCUGCAGAUAUGAACGCUGAGCUGGCCCGGCCCCCUCUCACACCGGCCCCGCUGUCCUCACCAUGCUAGUACAUGGGCAGGACGACUUCCUCUCAGACAUCGCUUACAUCAUCCUGGAGCUCAUCAUCGCCGUGCUGGCCAUCCUGGGCAACAUCCUGGUCUGCUGGGCCGUCUACCUGAACAGCAACUUGCAGAACGUCACCAACUACUUCGUGGUGUCCCUGGCUGCUGCUGACAUUGCCGUGGGCGUGCUGGCGAUCCCCUUCGCCAUCACCAUCAGCACUGGCUUCUGUGCCUUCUUCUAUGGCUGCCUUUUCAUCGCCUGCUUCGUCCUGGUCUUGACUCAGAGUUCCAUCUUCAGCCUCCUUGCUAUCGCCAUCGACAGAAUCAUUGCCAUCCGGAUACCCCUCAGGUACAAUGGCCUGGUGACUGGCUCUCGAGCCAAAGGGAUCAUUGCCAUCUGCUGGGUGUUGUCCUUCAUCAUCGGCCUGACCCCCAUGCUGGGGUGGCACAACCGCGCCCAGAUCGAAGAGUUGGGUUCCAACAGGUCCUCUCCCAUCAACUGCAGCAACAGCAUGGUGGCCUGUCUCUUUGAGGCUGUGGUCACCAUGGAGUACAUGGUCUACUACAACUUCUUUGCCUGUGUGCUCUUGCCCCUCCUCCUCAUGUUUGGCAUCUACUUGAAGAUCUUCAUGGCAGCCCGGCGACAGCUCAAGCAGAUGGAGAACAAGAUGGUACACGGGGAACGUUCUCGCUCCACGUUGCAGAAGGAAGUCCACGCAGCCAAAUCCUUAGCCAUCAUUGUUGGGCUGUUUGCAGUCUGCUGGCUCCCACUACAUAUUAUUAACUGCUUUACCCUUUUUUGCCCAGAUUGUGCCCACGCUCCCCUCUGGCUGAUGUAUCUGGCUAUCAUCCUGUCUCACGCUAACUCGGUUGUAAACCCCCUAAUUUAUGCCUACCGAAUCAGGGAGUUCCGAUACACCUUCCGAAAAAUCAUCAGCCAGCACAUCCUGGGCCGCAAGGAGCCCUUCAAGGCAGGGACAGCCAGCUCCAGGACUUCCACCCAUGGCGGGGACGCAGAGAACGCCAGCAUACGGAUCGGUGAGUAUGCGUUAGAGGUGUACACCAACGGAGAGAUCCACAGGGAUCCUGAAAAGCAGGACUUGAACAAAUGCAAAGCUGGCUUGGAAUGGCACCAGAACGGAAAUGCUCUGGACCUGGAGACAAAUGGGCAUCUCCCACAUUCCUGCAAAAAUGGGAUUCUCUCUGAUGCAUGCCUGAACAGGGAGCUUCACAGUGAAGAGCUACUUGAUGCCCAGAUGUCUUACUCAGAUCUGGAAAGAGCAGCCUUGGCUGCAGCUGACGUUUCCUGAUGGGACUUUUGAAGUCUUCCUGGUAGAAUAAUUUUUUUUCCAUUGGUGACCUCUGCCAUGGCAGAAAGGGAGGUUGGGGGGCGGGGGGAGAGGUGUGUAUUCAGAUUGCUGUGGAGAGAGGGGUCCCUAUCCAGGACUGCUGAGGAUGAUCCUAAAUACUAGACUGGAGAAAAGCCAAGAGGCCGUUGGACUAAGGAAGGAGGGACACGUUACCCGUCAAUGACCUGUCACCGAGAGCAGUGCCAAGGUCGAGGAUGGCAUUCCAAGUUCAGCACUGGGAGACCCUGCUGCUGCAGGGAUAUUUGGACUUUAUGCUGUGCUGUGUGCCUGUGGUUGUGUGUCAGUUUUGCUGUCUUUACCAACAGAAACUGAAGCAUGGCUGGAAGCAUUCCCUGAAUGCAAAGAGCAACAGGGAAGGGGCUUUUUAGUACUGUGGCCCUGCAACAAGCAGAAGGGGGGAUAGCAACAUCUGUUGGUGAGGAAGGAUGCCAGGAGCUGCUUGCAGAUUUUACCAGAUGGGAAUUCUGGAUACCUUCAACCAUGGCAUUUUGUCAUUCAGUUCAUGUUUUUAAAGCUUAUACUGCAACAGGUUGCUUGAAUGGGGUUUUUUCCAUGUCUUGAUAAGCUUACUUUAAGUUAUAAAAGAUGGGCAAGAGCUCAUAUCCAUUCCCUGGGAGCUCAGUGUUCCGGACACACAAGGCAAAUGCAACCUCUUCGCUCCCCCACUUUGUCCAGCAAAUCAUGAAAGCAGAGUCUGUAAUACAGAUUCCCCUUGGCAAAAGGGCUGUCAGCAAGACUUGGUGCUGCAGUGCCAGAGCAGCAGGCCAGGUUGGGGGAUGUGUCCCCAGGCUGGGGCUGUGAAGAGUUGUUGGGUGUCUGACCUGUCUAUAGGCUGGUGGCACUGUCUGCUUUUCCCCUGUCUCUGUGCUUGUCCUCCUGAGCUCCUAGAAUGCAAAUUCUUUCCAUGGCCCCAGAUGUGUGUGAAGGGAGCUAAUAUUCCAUAUUUUGGUCAUUGUCAUCCUCACUCAAAAGGCUGUGGGAUUUUUUUCUUCUUUCUUGGGAUAGGGAGGAACCCACCCACAUACCUCCUACUUUUUUUUGGAAUUCCAGUGAGCUCUGUUUAAACCCCUUCUCUCCUGUGAUUCAGUUUUUUCCUGAUGUGCUUUACUGUGAAGCCUGAUGUGUCCCUGUGGUACAAAGGGCAACAGAGUGACGUGUGUGGUUAGAAGAUGCUCCUACUCCGGGAAGCUGAAAGGUGUCAGUAGUAUUGGAACUCAGCUUAGAAACUGCAGUUCUCUGUAAAAGAGAGCAGGCAAAUCUCUGCUGCAGCAAGUGUAUGCACUGAUGUGGUUUGUUUUAGAGGUGUUUCACAGUAGUUUGAUAGUUUUCUGUGUCACAGGAAGCCUGGCAGCUCAAGGACAGCAGAAACCCACAUCAGCUUGAAUUCUACCUGAGAACUGCCUGGUUUUUGUUAUUCGGACAAAUAAUCUGUGUCUAGUACCACCAGCCUUCUGGAGACACAGGCAAUACUGGUACUACUGGAAAACUAAAAGUCUGGUAAUUCCAGGGAUCUUAUUCCCUAGCUGAAAACAUCAGAAAUACCCCCCAAAAGUGGCUCCUCCUCGUGUCUGUCUUCUGACAUUUCAGAAUCCAAGCGAAACUGGAUUUUCAUACUUGAGGAAGAGCAGGUUAUGUUUGUAUGCUUUUAUUCCAUGUUUAUUUUAUGUAUCAUGGACAACUAAAAUGAAAAACCAGUUUUAUUUGAGGAGAACUUUCCUUUUGCCAGCCUCCCUGCAUGAAGGUGGGGAGCAGUUUACGAUGCUGAACGUGUCUGAGUGUGUAGCUGCUCUGGGCUAGCACAAAGCUUAGUGUGAGGUGGAGAAAAAGAUGUGGCUGCCACCACAACCCUGAGCAGAAAGACAGACCAGUUUGUAAAACAAAUAGACUUCAUAGUUUAAUUGAAUUGCUGCUUUCUUGGCACAGCUCUUCCCCCGUGGUCUGACGUCAGAGGAGUGGUUUAUCACUCCAGCACCAUUUACGAGCACCGAGCCAUUUCCCUGGCGCUGACGUCACAGGUAGCUCCUCGGCAGGGUGGCUCGGGAUCUCGUUAUUCUUGAUCUUUCUUGACGGAAUAUUUCUGUAGGUUGUUUGUGUGGUGGCUGCUCUGACCUCCUGUAACUGUGGCAGAGGAACUCAGGAAAAUGGGGAGCUGUUCUCCUCGGGCCUCAGUUGGGAGCAGAAGUGUUUCUAAGAAUAACACAAGAUUACAUCCGGCAUUCAUGUCAAUAACAAUUAGGUCCACAAAGAAGCAGAGCAGGGAAGGAAGUGUGGGAAAAUACCAGCAUGGCUCAUGCUGGAACACACACGAGUGCAGAAGUGUCUCCUAUUGAGCUCUGUAAAGGAGUGGUUUGUACCACACUGGAUCAGACUUUCAGCUGAUGUGGGUUGGUUGCUUUCUAUUGUUUCCUGAGCAUCUUCACACUCGAUUAGGGCAGCUUCUUGCUUGGCUGCCACAAGAAUCAAGUUGAUCUCUGUUGAUGGACAAACUUAGGAUUGUCACUUUGGAAAACGUUCCUGCCCGACUGGAUCACCAAGAGAGUUUAUUGAGUUUCCAGAUGUCCUGAAAUUAGUUUUUGUGGUGCUGCUUGAGCUGCCCCCCGAGUGUGUCCAGUCCCUCUCAAUAUUAGUGAUGCAGACAUGGAAUGAAAAGGGUGUGUGAAGGGGCUGGGGGAUGUGUGCAGGAGGAAGAGCAGGGGGGUACGGAGGCAGUGUGGUUUGUAUAGAAGUCUGUAGCCACAGGAAGGAAGGGAUGGCAAUUCACCACAUGCUGUGAGCCUUCUGGCAAACAUAUGGCUGGGAUGGACCUUCAGAAGAUGUUUCUGAAGCGGUUGUUGGGAAGAGCAUGAGUAUUUUGAACAGAAUUUUGGAAUUCUUACUUCUUGUUUCCUAGGGAUUCUGAUUUUAAGGCCUCCUGCUUUUAGGGUUUGGA